UACUUCAUCUGCAAGCAAGCAAUAAGUGCUUCUCUCCCUAUCCGUUUCCUAAAAAUGUCGAUUCGUUUCAGCAACCCUUUUCCUAGCGAUCGGAAGGAACGCUAUUACGGCGAGGAUCGGCACUCAUCCGACAGGUUCCCCGGGGAACGGAAGGAAAGCUACUACGUCGACGAUGGGCACUCGUUCCACGAGGAUCUGAAGGAACGCUGCUGCGUCGAGAAUCGGCGCUCAGGCUCAUUCCCUGAGGAUCGGAAGGAACGCUACUACGUCGAGAAUCGGCAUUCAUACGAUGAUGUCCACGACAAAAACGCCAUUGCAGGACCGUUCCGUUCUUCCAUGGCCUCAAAAUCCUCCGCCGCCAACGCUCCGAUCGACUGGAAGGAGACCGCCGAUGCGCACGUGUUCAGGAUAGAGCUUCCCGGGGUGAAAAAGCACGAAGUGAAAGUGGAGGUAGAGGAAAACGGAGUUCUGUGCAUCAGCGGCGAGAUUAGGGCUGAGAAAGAAGAGAAAUCCGACAUGUGGCGCCGUGUGGAACGAAGCAGUGGAAAAUUCUACCAGCGUAUCAGCCUACCGGAAAGCGCCGAUGUCGAUAAGGUGAAGGCGGAAAUGAAUAACGGAGUACUGACAAUCACUGUGCCCAAGCACCGGUUCAGAAUGGCCUCUCCCAGGGUCGUCCAGAUUUCUGGCCACUGAAAUUCCCAAGACUUCUCGAUCCUACUCCUACUGCCGAAAGAGAUGAAGCAUACUAUUAAAAAAUUAAAUAAAACCGCUUUUAUUUUACCCUCUGAAAUAAAAAAAAAAAUGUUAUUACUACUAUGUCCUUUCAGUUUCCUUUAUUACACAAUAAAAUAUAUUUUAUUAUGUUGCUCAUUCA